AUGGCAAGAGAAGUUGAAGUUAUGGACAAGGGAGUAGAGUUGUUACCAAAUAUCUUACAACAACAAGUGAGGACAGGGGAGUUGCCUGAAGUUGUUACUUGUGAGGACACAGCUGACAUUUCUUUGAAGCCCAAUGCUGAAGCUCAAGAACCUAUCUUGACCAGUUUAUUGGCUAAUCCUCCCACUGAUUCUACCCUCGUUCAGCGAGUUGAUAAUGUUAAACAUUCUGUUCUUGAUGCUCCACCUGCACUUGGGGGAUCAUUAAAUCUAUCUAGCUUUAAAGUUGGGCAUUAUGGUUCUCCCAGUUCCCCAGCUCAUUUCUUUAAUGAUGCUGAAAGAGUAUUAAAACCUGAAAGUAUCCUUGGCAAAAAAUUGAGAUUUGAUGAGAUUGCGACCCCUGCAAGUCGUCGUAUUGAUCCUCCCGCUCCUGAGAUGAAGAUCUCCAGGAAUUCAUUAAGGGACUCUUCUAUUAGUCGCCUUUGCAAUUCUCAAACAUAUAGAGUUUCACCAGAGAAGUCUCAGAAUGGGUUUCCGAAGGAAUCUUAUAUUUUUCACCAGAUUUCUGGCAACCAUGUAAAUUCUCUUACCAGCAACAGAGGCAUAUUAAAAGAUUCCGUUGAAGAUUCAUACAUGAAUUAUCCUGGUAAACGUCUACUGUCAGAUGCUGCUGAUAGACCUCGGAUGUUACCAUUAAAUGAUUCGAUGGAUAUAUCCUGGAGUCAUAAAGAAGAAGGUUCUCCCAUAGUGCGUCUAGAAACUAAUGGUGGACCAAGGUGGAGGUCCGAUGACACCAGUGAAGAUGAGGAUUAUUUAUCACCAGAUGGACUCGCUGGAGUUGCCUCUCCUGCACGCAUAUCAAGGGGAGUCAGAAGAAGCAGGAUUGCGAGGAGAUGAUAGACCUUGGUGUUGUAGAGUUUGAGAAUGUGACAACAUAUGUAUCCCUUUUGCUGGAUGUGGCUUUUCGUUGGAGACCAGAGUUGAGAGGCAUUGAAGUUUUUGUUAAACAGGUUGCUGCUUGAAUUUCUCCUCUUGGCAAUGGUAAACUUGGGUCGGAACUGAUUUUUGAAGCUCAGCCCCUCGACGUUUCCUCUUUCGACCCUUGCUCUGGUUUUCAUUUGGAUGCAGCAUAUACUUUCAAAGAACAGCCAAUGCCUGGGUUGACAAUUUUUGUAUGUGAGAUUAGCGAUUUGAGGCUUGGUUGUAAAAUAUUUAUUAUUUCCUUUUGAAGCCAGAAAUUCUUUGAGAAGCAUGUAGAUAGAUGCGUAAACUGACCAUGAUAUUCUGUAUGAGGCUCACCUUCGGCUUUUUGUUUCCAUUUUCGUUGUCGAGCAGGUAGGUCUUUUACCACCCCUAUGCAUUUGGUAUCUGACCUUAGGGCACAAAUUGAACACUUAAGUCCAUUUUGAAUCUCGAGAAUUGUAGUCUAAGAUCGUGUGAUUUUCUUACUUCUGGGGAAGUAAACCUUUUUUUUUUUUUUUGUUUCACUUAUGUUUACCAGUGUAAAGUGGGUUAAUGGACUUGGAACUGAAAAAAGUUUCCAUAUCAAAGCGAUUAAAAUGUAUUUGUGAAUUGA